AUGCAAAGUUCCAAACCUUCUCUACGUCCGCUGGACGCUUCCAAGCUGAAAUUUACCAAAACAACAACUCCAAUGGCAGUCCCAAAACCAGGCGAUCCAGUCAUUGCUACACAUGCCCAAUGCACAGAUCAUAUGAUCACCGCCAUCUGGCGCGCCGAUUAUGGUUGGGAAGAUCCAGAGCUGAAGCCAUACACGAAUUUCUCUUUACCACCUACGGCCAGCGUCUUCCAUUAUGCCACCGAGUGUUUGGAGGGAAUGAAGAUGUACCGAGGAUACGACGGCAUGCUGCGGCUGUUCAGACCUGACGCAAACUGCAAACGGAUGCUUGCUUCGGCAACUCGCAUCUCUCUCCCUGCAUUUGAUCCCGAAGAGUUGGAGAAGCUCAUCAUGACUUUUAUUGCUACGGAUGGUCCGAAGUGGUUGCCUGAGAAGGGCUCUUCCCUUUAUCUACGUCCAACGAUGAUCGGCUCUUCUGCAUCAUUAGCAUUUCAGACACCAAAAGAGUGCACUCUCUUCGUCAUUGCUUGCUUCAUGCCACCCCCGAAUUCCCCUUUGGAAUUGAGAUUGAUGGCGUCUCAGAAGGACAUGGUCAGGGCCUGGCCCGGCGGAUUCGGAUAUGCCAAAGUGGGCGCCAACUAUGGUCCAUCUCUGUUGGCCAAUUGCAAAGCUCGUGGUCGUAGUUAUGACCAAGUCCUGUGGCUCUUUGGCGAAGAACGCGAGGUGACUGAAGCUGGAGCAAGCAACUUCUUCAUAGUAUGGAGGACUGCAGACGGGAAAUCUCAACUCGUCACUGCUCCUUUGGAUGUCAAAAUGAUCCUCGACGGCGUAACUCGGAGGAGUAUCCUCCAGUUGGUAAGGGAGCGACUUGCAAGUGGUCAAGGCCACUUGGAGGCCUUGGAGAUUGUGGAACGCAAGUUUACAAUGGAUGAAGUUGCCGAUGCUGUAGAUCACGGCCGUGUAAUCGAGGCGUUUGCCGCUGGUACGGCUUACUUUGUUGCGCCUGUAUCAGCGAUUAACUACCAAGAUCGGGAUUUGGAGAUCACCAUAGCCAAGGAUGGGUAUGCCGCUUUGAUCAAGAGUUGGUUGGCAGACAUCAUGUAUGGAAACGAGCACCACGAAUGGGGUGUAGUGGUCGAGGAAAAGCAACUUCUUUAA